UCGGCGUUAGAGUGAGACGGUCAUGGAGGCUUUACCUGAUAACCCGAUACUGGGGUUCAACCCGGACACCCUGCGAGAUGUGCGGAGACAGUUCCACCUGGAUGACGUCGCCAAGAUACACGAGAGCGUCGACCUCAUCGAGGCCUGGCUCCAGAAACAGGCGCACCAUGUUAAAAAGGAUUACCCAAGAAGCUAUUUGGAGCGGACAAUAAUUUUCAACAAGGGGUCCGUAGAGAGAGCCAAAGUUAAAAUUGACAACAUCUGUAAGUUCAGAGCGCUGCUUCCCCAAUAUUUUGGCAAAUACGAACGAAAGGACAAACUCAAGUACCUCUAUACAGUCGACGCUAUUUUACCAAGACUGACGCCAGAUCACGAAAGAGUUUAUUUUAUACGGGACCGACAUAAAAAAUGUAAUGAAGGACUGUUCUACUAUUUCAAAUAUACCUUGUGUCUAGCUCAAUACAUGCAGGCUCACGACUACAAUAACGGGUUCAUACUGGUCUGCGACUACAUGGACGCCGACAUUUACGAGCUGUUCAAAGUCAUUAAUAUCGUGGAACUGAAGCAGACUAUGACUAUUAUAACCGAGGGCUACUGUAUGAGAAUCAAAGGAGUCCACAUAUUAUCGAAAAACAGAGGAAUCGACAUGAUAGUCAAAAUUUUCAAACAAAUUCUAAGCGAGAAACUGGGCGAUCGCAUAAUGGUGCACAAAACUUUAGAUACAUUGUAUGACUUCAUACCGAAACACGUCCUGCCUAUAGAGUACGGAGGAACUGAGAAAUCUUUAGAAACACUGUAUGAAAAUAACUUAAAUGAAAUCACAUCAGCUGCAUUCGAAGAAUACUUGGAGGAGACAUCGAAAGCUGUCACUAUCGAGAAGUUAAGGCCCGACAAAGACUCGAACACGGAGUUUAAUGGUUUAUCUGGAACAUUCAGAUCUUUGACGAUAGAUUAGUUAUAAAUUAUAAUUAAUUCGUGUAAAUGGAAAGCUUUAAGUACCUACUUACUUAUUAAGGCGUACCGGUUUAUCACAAUCAUUUUGUACCUAAAUGUUUUUCAGUGAUCGACGAUCGUAUUUUAAAAACACCGAAGGGCGUAGACAAUUAUUAAUGUUUAUUACCGAGGGAGUAGGGACAUA